AUGGAAAAAAUAAUUAAGAGUGCGUCCUUCGCCCGAAGGCUGGCCUCUCGCUGGGGGCCCGAAAAAUGCGAGGAAUCCGAUUCAAGCAGCGCAGAAUCCCGUGCACACACAUCCUCAGAAGAAACGCAGAACCUACAAAAUGCCGACGUUCAGUUGUUCCCUGGUCUUACGCCGGUCGAUGAACUAAUAGCGGAUGCACAGUAUGCUCCUUCAGUGGAGGCGACCGCCGGCGCGGCAGCUCAAUUUUUCCUGGGGGCAACCACUGAACAGGUAAAGGCAGACGGAAUGCACGCGCGUCUGAAGAGGAGAGCCGAAGAAGUAUUUAUUCGUGGGGAUGGCGAAUGGGCGAAGAAGCUGAUACUCGAGGUGCCGCUUGACGAAGGCCCGCUACAGCCUGCCCCCCCUCUCGACCCUGAGUUGGAUGCUUUUAUUGAUGCCGUGUUGCUUGGCAACGAAGAUCCCCUUGGUGAAUCGACAUGGCUGCGAGCAGACGAAACAGAGACCUCUGAGCCACUUGAUGUGUCUGCUGGUUCGCGGCCUUCCACAUCAGCAGGAGCCUCUGACUUGGCGCAGACCGGGAGUAUUGCAUGGGGUGCGGUGCAUGGCCAGCUAUCAAUGCCCUCACAUGCAGCAGGAGAUCUUUGGGAAAACCAUAAAGAGGGAAGCGGCCAAAAGCAGCAGCUAGCCGCGGGCCCCUUACCCCCCCAAAAUAUACUACAUGGCUCAGCUGUUGAUGUUGCAGGUCAUCUUGUCUCCUCUGAGGCUUCUUUUGCUGCAGCGAAGGUGCAAUCGGCAGUUGCUGCAGCUCCUAAAGUUCUGGAUGCUGCUGAAGCGCCUCAAGUGAUGGUUGCUGCUGUAGCUCCCCAACCGGUGGCUGCUGCAACGCCCCAACCGGUGGCUGCUACAGCGCCUCAACUGGUGAAUGCUGCUGUGGUGCCUCAAUCGGUGGCUCUUGCUGCGCCGCGGAAGCCUGAGGCUUAUCAGAAGAAGGAAAAAGAGCCAUCUAGACUCUCGGCAGGAACAUCAUCCGUUGCUCCUGCAAAAAAAGUAAUUAUCCUUAAGCAACCAGUAGCAAUCAUGCUGCCCUCUUCUUCCGCUGGGGCCCCUGCUUCUGUCUCCCAGCUGCUGCUGCGUGCAGCUACCAUUCCGUAUCAGCAGCGGGAAACAUCGCAACAG